CGAGGUUCCUUGGACGGGAUCCCCGAGCAAUCAUGUUGUCCUUCAUUCUAAUACAAAACAGACAGGGCAAGACACGACUUGCCAAGUGGUACGUCCCGUACAGCGAUGACGAGAAGAUCAAGCUCAAGGGCGAGGUGCACCGACUCGUAGCCCCCCGGGACCAGAAGUACCAGUCCAACUUUGUCGAGUUCCGCAACAACAAGAUUGUGUACCGGCGGUACGCGGGGCUCUUCUUCUGCGCGUGCGUCGACACAAACGACAACGAGCUCGCCUACCUCGAGGCCAUCCACUUCUUCGUCGAGGUCCUCGACGCCUUCUUCGGCAACGUCUGCGAGCUCGACCUCGUCUUCAACUUCUACAAGGUCUACGCCAUCCUCGACGAGGUCUUCCUCGCCGGCGAGAUCGAGGAGACGAGCAAGCAGGUCGUCCUGACAAGACUGGAGCACCUGGACAAGCUGGAGUGAAGACGGGCGGGGGUGGGGGGACUGGGUGGGAGAGGCAGUUCCGGUGGGAGAAAGGAAAAAAAAAGACGGGCUGCCUCGAAAUAUGCCACAAGCCCGGGGUGAAGGAUAUUUGUCACAGGGACCUGGCCCAGGCGUUUGGAGUAGAAAGGCAUACCCUUUGCAAAUGCACCCAAAGGAUUCUGUUCACCGAUUAAUUCCUCUUGAUUGGAGACACUAAUAUACAACAGAAACCGUGGUACCAGCAGUACCCGGUAUUAAACCAGUUUUCCUGGGCCUUUUACAGAUUGGCCCUCUUGUCCCCUGGAUAUGCUAUCAGAGCUUCCUAGAACACCUGUCAUCGAUGAUCAAAACCUUGCCCCCAACUAGCACGAAGAGCUAAUUUUACAAAGUUUACAGCAACAUCUGACACGCAAC